AAGCCAUGGGAACCAGCCGCCGUCGGGGUGUGAGGCGGGCCGUGCACAUACCCGGCCCGGACGCGCCGAGGGGGCGGGAAGGGAGUGUCCCCGCCCUCGGUUCCUACCCUAGCGAGGCAGGCGUUUCUCUUCUGAGAAUUUGCCGGCGCCGCUAGGGCCGCAGACCCGAGUUUCUUUAGGCACAAGGGCUCCCUGCUAACCACGAGGAGUCCAAGAAGGAAAGGCGGAGCCGCAGCACCUGUAUCUGACGCUGCUUCCAACUCGAGAUCUCCCCCGGCCGGGAUGGGCCACGAGAUCUGGCUGCCGUUCCGGGUGCUCUUCCUGGCCGCGCUGCCCUCAGCGCUGCUGCCGGGGGCGGCCGGCUUCACGCCCUCCCUGGACAGCGACUUCACGUUUACCCUCCCGGCCGGCCAGAAGGAGUGUUUCUAUCAGCCCAUGCCCUUGAAAGCCUCGCUGGAGAUCGAGUACCAGGUUUUAGAUGGAGCAGGACUAGAUGUUGACUUCCAUCUUGCCUCUCCAGAAGGAAGAACCUUAGUUUUUGAACAAAGAAAAUCAGAUGGAGUUCACACGAUAGAGACUGAAGUUGGUGACUACAUGUUUUGUUUUGAUAAUACAUUCAGUACCAUUUCUGAGAAGGUGAUUUUCUUUGAGUUAAUCCUGGAUAAUAUGGGCGAACAGGGACAGGAACAAGAGGAAUGGAAGAAAUAUAUUACUGGCACAGAUAUGUUGGAUUUGAAAUUGGAAGAUAUUCUGGAGUCCAUCAACAGUAUCAAGUCCAGACUAAGCAAAAGUGGUCAUAUCCAAACUCUACUUAGAGCAUUUGAAGCUCGUGAUAGAAACAUACAAGAAAGCAACUUUGAUAGAGUUAACUUCUGGUCUAUGGUUAAUUUAGUGGUCAUGGUGGCAGUGUCAGCUGUUCAAGUUUAUAUGCUUAAGAGUUUGUUUGAAGAUAAGAGGAAAAGUAGAACUUAGAACACCAAAUCUAGAGCAUUUACAUUGAAAAUAAGAGACUGACAAAUGCAAUGUACUGUUACAAUCAAGACCAUUAAUAGUCUUUUCAAAAAUGUUUUUAGUCACCAAGGUAAGUGUGAAACAAAUGUGAUUCUAAUGUGAAAGCAACUUUUCAUUUUCUUCUGUACAAGUACUAACAUAGCUUCAUUAAGGAUAACAAAUAUCUGGGAGGGGCGAGUGGUGGUGCGCCUGGUUAAGCACACAUGUUACAAUGUGCAAGGACCCUGGUUUGAGCCCCUGGAUCCCACCUGCAGGAGGGGAAGCCUCACAGGUGGAGAGGUAAUGCUGCAGGUGUGUCUGUCUCUCUCCCUGUUUCCCCCUACCAUCUCAAUUUCUAGUUAUCACUAUCCAAUAAAUAAAGAUAACAAAAAUAUAUAAAAAAUAUUUUGGAGAGCAUAGGUACAGCUGAGUAAAGUCAUACUACUAACUGCAUUUUCCUAGGUUUGAAAAAAAUUGCAUCAUAGAUGACUUAACUAAAUAAAAAUGGGCAUAAAUUCAGCACCAAAGUAUUCUCUUACUCAGACGUUUUGUAAAUCUGGCAACUAAAAUUAAUUGUGGUACAGCAGGGGUAGAGCUCUGGGCUUGUUUUCUUUCUCUCUCACCUUAUGAUAUACAUCUUUUAAAAAUGAAUUGCAGGCUGGAAAGAGCUCACUGGAUUGCAUGCAUGCUUUGCUGUGUGUGCAGUCUAGAUUUGAGCCCUGCACCAACUCUUUACCUGCCUAUUGAGAAAUGAAAAGGCAACCCAGAGCAAAGAAAUCACAUGUGUAAGACUUCUCCAACUCUGCAAAAUAAAAUUGUGAAUUUUCAGUAUAUUGAGUUAUAAAUCAUCUGACUGUGAAGACAUUGAACUUUUCUUUUUAUAUAUCUGUCUUUCCUAUAAUGUAAAUAGAAACAUAGCUGUGACAAACAGAUUUGCAUAAUCAGAAAUAUUUCAACAAAUUUUAUAUACGCAGCCUCCAUUCUCAGGAGUAACACUUUAAUAGUUCUUUAAAAUGCAGAGUCCUACUUAUUAAUAUCAGGAUAUUUCUCUUUGAAGCAAAGAAAAUUUGUUUAGUCUCCAUAAUGACACAUACUAAUUCUAAAAUAUAGGAUGUUAAGACUGCAUAUGGAGGGCAGGGGUAGAUAGCAUAAUGGUUAUGCAGACACUCUCAUGCCUGAGGCUCCAAAGUCCUAGGUUCAAUUCCCUAUACCACCAUAAGCCAGAGUCAAGCAUUGCUCUGGUUAAAAAAAAAACAAAACUGAAUAUGGAUGGAAAUAAUUUGAAUUUUAACUUGACUGAUGAAAUUUGGGCCUAGUGUAAAUAAAGCACAUCGAAUUCUAAAAAAUUAAUUUUUAAGCAAUGAAAAAGAAUUUAGGUAAAGUUGAUAGUCUGAUCAAGAAUAAGCUCAAAUAAAUUGUAAAUACACAUCCAUAAUCUGACUCAUCCUGAUAGCCCAGUCCAAAAUAUAGAUCAAGAGAUUAAUUUCCAGUUCUGUAGAAAAAAAAAAACUUGUCUAUGGGUUUUACUUUUUACAGUUCUAAUUGUCCAUGGUAUGAAUUCAAGUAUAUUUUAUGAAGCAUAAGCUCUAUUAUAAGAUCUAGCACUGGGUAUACAUAUUAUGACUUUUUAGGAUGCCUAUAAAAUCAUUCUGAUCACAGACAUUCAUGUAAGGAUUGGAAACCCAUAAAGUCCUAUGUUAUGAACUCUUACUAUGUGAAUAGCUGAAUAAAAUCUGUCAUCUAG